UCUUUUUCCCAGUGGCCAUAACUUAAUACCCCUCGGCUCAAGAAGAUGGCAGAGAAGCAGGAGGAGCCCAGCAACACCCAGAACGGGGAACCUGACAACACGGAAGAGGGUGAGGAAAAGAAGAAGAAGAAGCUGAGGCGGGAAGACCUGCCACCAUUUGAGAUUGUGACAGGGGAGCGUCUCCCAGCCAUAUUCUUCAAGUUCCAGUUCAGGAACGUGGAAUACAGCUCAGGCAGGAACAAAACCUUCCUGUGUUAUGUUGUGGAGACCCAAGGCAAGGAGUCGGGGACUUCCCGCGGUUACCUGGAGGACGAGCACGCGGCUGCCCACGCGGAAAUGGCUUUCUUCAACACCAUCCUCCCCAAGUGCGACUCCAGCCUCCGCUACAACAUCACCUGGUACGUGUCCUCCAGCCCCUGCGUGACCUGCGCCGAGCGGAUCAUCGAGACCCUGAAGAAGAACAAGAACCUGCACCUGACCAUCAUGGUAGGGCGCCUCUUCAUGUGGGAAGAGCCAGAAAUGCAGGUGGCCCUGAAAAACAUGAAGUCAGCUGGCUGCAAGCUGAGGAUUAUGAAGCCGCAAGACUUUGAGUAUGUGUGGCAGAACUUUGUGGAACAGGAGGAAGGAGAGGAAGCGAAGAAUUUCGUGCCAUGGGAGGACAUUCAAGAGAACUUCAAUUAUUAUGAGGAAAAGCUGGCUGAGAUUUUGCACUGAAGCUCACGACCAGUCCAGAAAAGCUCUAUAAAGAGAGAUGCAACAGACCUGAACACCUGGGAGACCCCUGCUUCCCAAAGCUUUGAUUCCAGCAGGACGGAGCACCAACUUGUGGAAGACCAGGCCCCGAGGGAC